AUGAUGCGAACCGCUGCUACUCGGCUCGUCACGUCCGUGGCGGCGACGGCCCGCCCAGCCUCCGCCGCUGCGGCCCGCGCCCUGAGCAGCGCCGUCGCCUCCAACGCGCCGUGGUACCGCGUCGAGAUCUCGGGCUUCCUCUCGACGCUCAGCGAGACGACGGCGACGGAUGCCGACUAUGCGCGGCUCGCUGCGCUGCCGCAGCGCGACGACGUCAUGGCCUACGAGGUCCAAGUGCUCAGCGACUCGGUGCAGCACCUGGGUACGUACCUUCCAGCCUCGCGCAAGAAGCAGAUCGAGACCCUUUGGGCCAAGACGCUCGGUGUGCUCGACACGAUUGACGAUGCGUCCGCCAAGGCGGACGCGUACACGGCCGCGUUCCAGGCGCUUGCCGUCGCCAACGCGCCGAGCAAGUACAUGGAGCACCUCCUCAAGCGCAUGCAAGGCGAGCACCUCGAGGCGAACCCGACGAUCCACAUCGCGAUGCUGCACGCUGCCCGCGACCGCAGCAUCCUCCAGGUGCUUCGCCGCGUCAAGGCUGCGCAAAUGGGCGCGGUCCUCCUCGACGCCGACGCGACGCCGCUGAGCCCGCGCGAGGUGCAGAACCUCCACUACCGCGCGCAGUCGUCGUUCGUCAAGUCGCUCUACGCCGAGUUUAUGAGCUCAACGACCAAGACGUUUGCGCUCGAGUCGUACGCGGAGCUUCUGAAGGAGAUUGCGGCGCUCCUGCCGCCGCUCGACGACAAGCUCAUGGAGCGCACGGUGCCAGACGAGUACAUGGACAAGCUCGCGGCCGUCUCGGUGCGCGCGCUCGCGAUGACCGGCCGCCAUGCCGACGUGCUGGCGCGGCUCGACGCACUCGAGGCGCAGUACGCAGGGCGCAGCGCCCGCGUCCCUGAAACCGUGUACCUGGCGGCCAUCGAGGGUCUCUCGGCCGCGUACCAUAACCUCACCAUGGUCUCGGAGCGCCAGCUGCGCACGCGCAACCAAACCGAGGACGUGCAAUUGGCGCCGAGCGUGCGGCGGCUGCAAAAGGUCCAAGCCACGCUCGAGGCCAAGCUGUCGAGCAAGGUCGAUGGCAUCGCGUCCGAGAUGGCCGACCUCCCGUGGGCCGACGUCCAAGACCAAGUCGCCGACGCCGAGGCCUCCAAGGAAUACAUCCAGUUUGUGCAGCAGCGUGUGCGUGGCGCGAGCGUCCUCGAGAGCUUCCGCCUCCUGACGCAGGACGCGAUGGCCGCGGGUGACGCGUUCGUCGACGCCGUCGCCGGCCGCUACGCCAAGAGCUACCCGGAGCCCUCGAUCGCGCUCCACACGGCGACGCUCAAGCAGUACUUUGUCGCUGCCUCGCGUUACGAGCGCCGGCUCAAGCGCAGCGGGCUGUUCGCCGAUGCGCUCGUCGCCCGCAUCUUUUCCACGCUCGAUGCCGUCGCCGGUCGCCAGACAACCGAAGCCGACGUCGUCGACGCGCUGCACUACGCCUUCCGCGCCCUCGCACUGCUCUACCGCCUCCCCGAGGCCCGCCGCGUCUUGGAGAUGAAGAGCGAAUGGUUCCCGCACCUGCAACCAACCGUCGCCGAGUACGACGACCUCAUCAUGCUUCUGUGCGCGACCAAGACGACGCGCAUCGCCGAGCCGCUGGCGCUGCUCCAGGAGAUGCACAACCGCGGUCUCAAGCCGACGCCGCUGACGCUGCACCGCUUCGUGACGUUCCGCAUGCUUGCGCUCACCAAGGGCGACGACGAAGGCCACGUGAUCAACGAGAAGCAAGUGGCGCUGGCCCGCCGCCUCCAGCGCUCGCUCGAGGGCCACGACGACAGCGACAGUGAGGACGAGGAUGAGGACGAGGAUGAGGACGAGGAAGAGGCCAAGCCGACGUGGGACGACGUGAGCCUGAGCGACCAGGACAGCGUCGCGGACGUCAUUUCGUUCUUGCAAGACUGGCACAACAUGACGGGCGUCGUGCCGUACGGGAAGACGGUGGUGCCGCUCGUCGAGUACUGCGCCGCCAAGCCGAGCCUCAAGUACGAGCUCUCGCGCUUCGUGCUCUGGCUGCAGACGCUGCCGCUCGACGCCGCGACCAAGACGCUUCUGCGCCCGCACGAGAAGACGACCAAGUAGACGCCCGUAGAGACAACAACUCGUUGAUAGAACCAUGUACUUUGGGA